UUAUAGGAAAAAAUAACCUUAAAAAAAAACUUAAAAGAAACUGCUUGAUAAAAGCAGAGAAAUGGAGAAGGUUGUACUCGUGGCAUGGAUAUUAGUACUUAGCGUAUGGACUACACCGGUUCUCUCCAAAUACUACUCCGAAAGCCGGCCGUAUGAGUCAGUUCAGGAAAAGAGAACUCAUCUUCGCUUCUACGUUCAUGACAUUCUAAGUGGAAACAAACCAAGUGCAGUGCAGAUAGCUGGUCCGAACACCACUAAAAAAGAGGACGGGCCGACACCUUUUGGCUCCACAUUCGCCAUUAAUGAUCUACUCACGGAAGGGCCUGAGAUAACCUCAAAAGUCAUUGGCAAUGCACGAGGAAUAUACGUCUCAUCGAGCCAGGACAAGGACUUGACUUUGGUCUUGUAUAUUGAUCUUGGUUUUACAAGUGGGAAGUUUAAAGGGAGUUCACUCAGUGUGUUUUCCAGGAAUCCGAUAACGGAGAAUCACCGGGAACUGGCUGUGGUUGGAGGGAGAGGGCGGUUCAGGCUGGCCAGGUGGUUUGUUUUGGUAAAGACAUAUUCCUUGAACACCACUAAUGGUGAUGCUGUUCUUGAGUACACUGUGGAGGUUGUUCAUCCUUGAGGGAUUAGGUUUUAUUGUAUAAUGCUAGAAGUUCAUGGAAACAUUUGUCUUCUUUUCUAACUAAUCAUGAAUCAGGUUUUAAAAAAAAAGAAAUUGAUUGACCGGUUUGUAUAUGUGCACAAUGGGAACUAUAUAUUUUUAAAUAAUGACAGC